CUCGGCGGCGCGGGUUCGAGUCCCGGUCUCGGCGGCCAUGGCGGACGCGGAGCCGGAGGCCGAGGACGGCAGCGAGGAUGGGGGCGGCGGCGGGGGCGGCCGGGCUCCCCCCGGCCCCGGCGGCAGCGCCUCGCGCGUGGCCCCGCUGGACCCCGAGCAGCUGCGGCGGGUCCUGGAGCAGGUGACGAAGGCGCAGCCGCCGGCCGAGCGGCCGCCGCCGCCGCCCUUCGUCCCGCAGGACGCGGCGCGACGGCUGCGGGACGCGGCGCAGCAGGCCGCCUUGCAGCGGGGCCCCGGCGCCCAGCCCCCGCGCCCGCCGCGCCUGCUGCCGCCCCAGCAACUGGAAGCCAUUUGUGUCAAGGUAAUAUCUGGAGAAAUGACAGACCGGGAAAGGCCGACACCCCCGCUGGCCACCCUCCAGCCCAGGACAGCCGGGCUGAGCCAGCCACCCAGGGGGGCGCCCGGCGUGCUGGGGCUCCGGGCACAGCCGCGCUUCCCAAGUAACUACCCUCCGAUUCGGGUGUUUGUACAGAGGCCACUGCCCGCCCUGCAGCUGGUGGUUCCGCAAGGACCGGGCGCCACGCCGGCCCCUCUGUCAGCUUCUGACCCACCGGCGGUGACAUCUGUUUCAUCCGGUUCAGCGAAUUUCUUUAUUUCCAGCUUGCACACAAAACACACAGAGAAGCUAAAAAAAUCUUUAAAAGUGAAGACGCGUUCUGGACGGAUAUCUCGACCGCCCAAGUAUAAAGCCAAAGAUUAUAAGUUCAUCAAGACGGAGGACCUGGCUGACGGUCGCUUGUCAGAUUCUGACGAUUACUCAGAGCUGAGUGUGGAAGAUGACGACGACCAGAGGGGAAAGCGGGCGCUGUUUGACCUGUCGAGCUGUUCCCUGAGGCCCAAGACUUUCAAGUGUCAGACGUGUGAGAAGUCCUACAUAGGAAAAGGGGGCCUGGCCCGGCAUCUUAAACUCAAUCCAGGCCACGGCCACCCAGAACCGGAGGUGUCUCUGUCUGAGAAGGCCAACGGGAGCACGAUCCGAGGCUGUGCCGAGGGCAGGACGGCUAGCCUACCGUCCCCGGGGCUGCCCACGUCAGCUCUUCUGGGUGAGGAAGGGGCCCAGUCACCACCGUGUGGCCUGCAGAAUAGCCAGUCUGUAGAAGUUGAAGACGCCUUGGUGUCUGAACCAGAAGAUGGAAAUUAUUCGGCCUUCGUGGGAUCAGAGAGACACCCAGGCCCUAGACGAAUCGAGUUCGCAGCCGCCCCUGCAGAGGCCAGUGAGGCCGUCCUUGGGCGAGGCAGAGCCGCUCACCCGCGUGGGCGCUCCGGUGCCUGUGUGGCAGGUGCACAGAGCGCCUUGGCGGCCAGAGCCCGGCUCAAGGAGUUUCUCCAGCAGUGUGACCGAGAGGCUCUCGUGGACCUGGUGCUGCCUCAGCUGGCUCAGGUGGUGACCGUGUACGAGUUUCUUCUGAUGAAGGUUGAGACAGGUCAUCUAGCAAAACCUUUGUUCCCAGCUGUGUAUAAGGAAUUUGAAGAGUUGCAUAAAAGGGUUAAGAAAAUGUGCCAAGAUUACCUCAGUGGUUCUGGUCUGUGUUCCCAGGAGCCUCUGGAAAUAAGCAACGACAAGGUGGCCGAGUCUUUAGGAAUCACAGAAUUCCUGAGGAGGCGGGAAGCGCACACAGAGUGCGUCCCAGCGCAGCGCACCAGCGGGGACACGGGCCGGGACCCCCGGGCCGAGCUGGAGGAGGCCGGCCAGCAGAAGCGGGGAAACGAGACCGCGGACGGGGCGCCGGCCUGGGUGAAGAAGACCAGAAGAGACCCUCUGCCCCAGGACACCACUGACAGCGGAGCCCCAGCCGCCAACCAGGGUCCUGCCCUUCCAGCGAGCGGGAACGCCCCUCGCCGUCCAGAAGGAAGCCACAUGGCGCCGGUGUCUGGUCCCGCAGGCCGGCAGCUGCAGGCAUUUGCUGACCCCGAGGCCAAGAGCGGGUGUGGGGCUCCUGCUCUCUCGUGCGAGAACGUCAGUGGGCUGAGUGUGUGUCCUCAGUCAGGAGAGCCCGGGACGCAGACACAGGGGUGCGUGCCAGCCCUCCCUGGAGAGAAUGCUCAGGAACGCUCCGCAGACUGGAACGGAACUGGGAACAGCCCGGGCAGCGGGGAUCUCUGCAGGACCCUGAUGUUCCCUGGAGGGGUGGCAUCCCUGCCGCCUUCCAGGCCUGGAGACCUUGAGAGGCAUGGCUCCCUCUGGAAAGGCCCACGGUCUGGCCCCAGCGACGUCCUGUUUCCAGAGGCUGCCGGCCCUCUGCUGGAGAGGGUUUUGUCUGUGGACGUGGGGCCAGCUGACUGCAUCCCCAGGACCGUGCCCGAGCCGGGGCCUCAGCCGGCCCAGGCCGGGUCGCCGCCCACCGAUGGCGGUCAGGGAAGCCACGCAGGGGGUGUGGACCACUUCCCCGCCGGGCCCGAGGCGCACGCUGACCAGAGAGAACUGGAGAGCAUUGUUGCUGCUGGAGAAGCCGUGGCUUUUGAAAUCACCAACGGGUGCCAUGAAUUUUUGUCUCAGGGACGGGAACAGAUAUUUAUUCAGACUUCCGACGGCUUGAUCUUGUCCCAUCCGGGUUCCGUGGCGUCCGGGGAGGAAGAUGUUGUCAUAGUGGCCGGUAUGGAGGGGCCCGCCCUGCAGACGGCCCCCCCGGAAGGGGUCCCUCUAGAAACCACAGAGGCAGAGCCCUCACAGUGAAGCAGAGCCGGACCUCAGUCCUGGACGUGUGUGUGUUUUAUCCAAAGAAGGUCUAUGUGAAGUAAUGUGUAUUUUUCUACUGUGAAUACAGACACAAACGGACAUCUUA